AUGGCGAUGAAGAAGGUGGAGAAGAUCAGGCAGAUAGUGCGGCUGAAGCAAAUCAUGAUGCGGUGGAAGCUGGCCAGCCUCCGCCUCCGCCUCCGCCCCGCUCUCUCUUACGACGACGAUUCCGACUCCUCCUCCGGCUCUUCCACCCGCCGCACUCCCUCGGGGUUCUUAGCGGUCUACGUCGGACCGGAGCGCAGGAGGUUUGUGAUUCCGGCCAGGUUCGUCAACCUUCCGGUUUUCGUCGGCUUGCUGGAGAAGGCCGCCGAGGAGUUCGGCUUCGAAACCACCGGCGGCCUCUUCCUGCCUUGCGAAGUUGCGUUUUUCAAGGAUAUCCUCAAGUUUCUGGAGAAAGACGAGAGGAAGUUCGGGAAAUUGGCGCUGGAUGAGUUCUUGAAGAUGGUGACUGACGCGGUGGGAUUCGAUUCUUGCAAGGCGGCGGCGGCUUCGUCUGGCGCCGGCUCUUCGUUCACUCCUCUAUUGCAGGAUGCUAGGGUUUGA